AUGGACCUGAACACAAAUUCUAGCAAAAUUAAGAUGCUACUUCUCAACUAUGAGGUGAUCAACACCAACGGAAUACCUAUAAUGCUAGCAAUCAUAGAAAUCCCUUUAGGUUUCCAACAUGCAAGCGCUUUUGGUGGUGGAAGAACAUAUGUUGUGGCUAGUGGUGGAGGAACAUCUGUUGUUGCUGGUGGUAGUGGAAGAAUAUCUAUUGUGGCUGGUGGUGGAGGAACAUUUUUUGUUGCUGCUGGUGGUGGAAGAACAUCUAUUUUGGGUGGUAUUGGAGGAACAUCUGUUGUGGGUGGUAUUGGAGGAAAAGCUGUUGUGGGUGGAAUUGGAGGAAAAGAUGUUGUGGGUGGUAUUGGAGGAAAAACUAUAGUUCUGGGUUUUUUUAACUAA